CUCUUCUCACUUUUAAAUAUACUUCUUCAAUCUAUUCAAUUCUUCUUGCAUCUUGUCAGCAAUGUCGUCGCGAUUAUCAAUCUCCCGUCGCAGCUUAUCCUCUCUUCCGCUCUCAGUCCAAUUCAUGCUCAAAGCCCUCACCCAACCAUUCAAGCGAACUCAACAAUACCCAUCAUGCUCGCUUCUCAGUCUCCCACGAGAGCUUCGAGAUCAAAUAUUCAAAUAUCUUCUUCCCGUACAUACCUACGCCUCCACAGCGGUUCCCUUCCAACCCCCAGGCAAUUCUGGAUUCCUCUUCUUCUACGGCACCCCUCCGCCAACCGAACUUCUCCUCAUCAAUCAUCAAAUCGGCAAUGAAAUAAGGGACCAUUUCUUCCGCACCACAACCUUCCAGAUCGGAGAUUUGACCCCGUAUCAUGAGUCUUUCCACUUCGACCCUGUAUACAAGAAACUGCGAGCCUCAGAAAGACUAUCUCAAGUCCGGUCUCUUCAAGUUCGGUUUCAUCUUGCUCAAAUGGUAUUGAUGGAUCCGGCGAAUCCAACCACGGCUACUGAUCUUGGAGCCGACGGACUUGGUAUCUGUAUUCGUUCUGUCGAGGGCCGCGCUUGGCAUCUGGCGAGAACGUUAAGCAAUAGAGCCAGGGCGCUGAGAACGUUGACGAUCGUCUGGGAAGACGACUUUGGAGAGGAUGAUGAGGAUUGGAAAUUGAAGAUGAGGGUGCUGGUUCCGAUUGCCAAGUUGGUCAAAGCAGAUGUGAGAUUCCACUGCUUCAAGGAUCAAUAUAAUCGGAGACAGACUGAGCUAGAAAGAGGUUGGAAAAGAGUAUCAAGAACUUGAGUUAGACUGGACGUAGGGGAAGAAGC